AUGCAGUACUCUUCCCCUCCUCCCUUUCUCCCCGCCCCCACCUCUUGGGGUCUUUAUAGAACGCCCCCAGCGCGUUUGCCCCACACGUUGCGCCACUCACCCCUCCCCACUCACCGCUCCCCCCUCACCCCUCCCCACUCACCGCUCCCCCCUCACCACUCCCCACUCACUGCUCCCCACUCACCGCUCCCCACUCACCCCUCCCCACUCACCGCUCCCCACUCACCGCUCCCCACUCACCGCUCCCCACUCACCGCUCCCCACUCACCCCUCCCCACUCACCGCUCCCCACUCAUCCCUCCCCACUCACCGCUCCCCACUCACUGCUCCCCACUCACCCCUCCCCACUCAUCCCUCCCCACUCACCGCUCCCCACUCACCGCUCCCCACUCACCGCUCCCCACUCACCGCUCCCCACUCACCCCUCCCCACUCACCCCUCCCCACUCACCCCUCCCCACUCACCGCUCCCCCCUCACCGCUCCCCACUCACUGCUCCCCACUCACCGCUCCCCACUCAUCCCUCCCCACUCACCGCUCCCCACUCACUGCUCCCCACUCACCCCUCCCCACUCACCCCUCCCCAAUCUCCCCCAAACUGCCCCCUCUCCCACCUCCUGGGGUCUUUAUAAAACGCGUCCAGCGCAUUUUCCCCGCUGCCCCGCACGUUGCGCCACUCACGCAGCGGCUCGGGCUGAAGCGCCACGUCAGCACCACCGCCAGUGACAGCUCUCCGCAAUGCCACGUCACUGCAGGGACCGUUGAUUUCCCCACGCCGAUGUUACCCUCCACCGCCACCGUCCAUCCGCGCGCCUUUCCCGCCGCCCUGCGCCGACCGUGA